AUGACAGUCCAAGACGCAGUGUGUCUGUGUCUGUGCGUGUGUGUCUGUGUGUGUCUGUGCCUGUGUGUGUCUGUGCCUGUGUGUCUGUGCCUGACGCCGGCCGGCGAGGCCAGGAACCCCAUCCAGCCCCGGGAGCCUGAUCAAGCAGUGGAGGAGUGUCCCCAGAAGGUACAAAAUGCGGCUGUCCCACUGACAUGCACCUCGCCAGAUGCAGCGCCCGUUUCUCUAGCAAGUGUCAUCCAAGCAGCCAUUCUUCCCCCCGGACCAAGGAUGCCGGCCGGCGAGGCCAGGAACCCCAUCCAGCCCCGGGAGCCUGAUCAAGCAGUGAAGGAGUGUCCCCAGAAGGUACAAAAUGCGGCUGUCCCACUGACAUGCACCUCGCCAGAUGCAGCGCCCGUUUCUCUAGCAAGUGUCAUCCAAGCAGCCAUUCUUCCCCCCGGACCAAGGAUGCCGGCCGGCGAGGCCAGGAACCCCAUCCAGCCCCGGGAGCCUGAUCAAGCAGUGAAGGAGUGUCCCCAGAAGUCGAUGUGCUUGGCACUGAAUUUGUCACUUCCAGGUACAAAAUGCGGCUGUCCCACUGACAUGCACCUCGCCAGAUGCAGCGCCCGUUUCUCUAGCAAGUGUCAUCUAGUGAGUCGUCCAAGAGCAGCCAUUCUUCCCCCCGGACCAAGGAUGCCGGCCGGCGAGGCCAGGAACCCCAUCCAGCCCCGGGAGCCUGAUCAAGCAGUGAAGGAGUGUCCCCAGAAGGUACAAAAUGCGGCUGUCCCACUGACAUGCACCUCGCCAGAUGCAGCGCCCGUUUCUCUAGCAAGAGUCAUCCA